AUGUCUUCAGCAAGACUCGUCCUCAGAUCGUUCCGCGCCGCCCCUCGAGUCGUGCGCCCCUUCAGCUCGGCCACUGUUCGCUUUGACGCCAAUGUCGAUGCAUACCGCAAGUUCCAGAUGGAGAAGCCUCUCAACCCUCACUUGACCAACACCACCUCGACCAUCGCCAAUGAGAUGCCCAGUAUUGGCAAGGACAACGCUCCUCCCGAGUUGAUUACCAAUGUCGACCCCGACUUCGCCGCUAAGGACUCUGUGCCCGAGAACACCGAGAGAAUGACCGGAGGCACUCAGGACGGCAGCCCCGAGUCUGGCGUCAAUGCCGAUCUCAAAGUAGGUGAACUCGAGGAAAGUUCCUUUCGUGUCGAGCCUUUGAGGAGGACAGGCGAGGACACCAACACCACGAGGGCUAGACUCUUAUACCAAAGCAGAAAAAGAGGCACGCUAGAGAGCGACCUCCUCAUGUCCACCUUUGCCGAUCGCUACCUCGAAACAAUGACCCCCAAGCAACUUCAACAAUACGACCUUUUCCUUGACGAGAACGACUGGGACAUCUACUACUGGGCCACCCAGGAGCCCACCCCUACUUCCAUGGAAUACGCCGAAGGAGGUGGUCCUGAACAGGCUACUCCCGUAGCCCAGGGCAAGUCCGCCAAAGAUGAGCACGUUCGCCCUCCCGGCACUGGCGAGUGGGCCCAGACUGUUGGUCUCUUCAAGCCUGCCUAUCGCCCCGUUCCUCAGCGAUGGAAGAACUCGGAAGUUUUGGCUAUGUUGAGGCAGCAUGUCAAGGACCGUAGUGCUGGUGGAGUUCUUGAAGGCGACAAGUCUGGCGAAGCCGAACCGGACAGCAAGAGUGGCAAAGGUAUGGCUUUCAUGCCCGAGCUCAAGAACCUCGACAAAUAG